ACCCCCCUCUCUCUUUCAAUUCUCAACUUCCUUCUCGAUCGCCGUUUCCUCUUGGCGUCAGUCGCUGGCUCACUCGGGGACAGCACGCAACACACACGCUCACAACACACACAAGUCUAGCCAAGAAUAGUGCAGUGUUGUUCUCGCGUUACUCGUACACGCAGGGAAUUGUAAAGAACAACAACAACGGCGGCAACAACAACAACAGUCGUUGAAUGCAUUAGGGGACAUCCAAACGCCUUUGCCCUCCUCCAUCGAUACAAACUGUCCAGAAAUCGAAUGUGUUUGUCGUCGUAGUAUGCGGCUGCUGCGUGGGAUUUCGGUUUAUCCAGGGCGGCGGUGAGCUGACAGCACUGGGGGUGCCUUCGUGCCAUCCAAGAUGCCCCCGGGAGUUGACUACACGUUUGAUCAGUGGACGGCAAGCGAUAACAGCGACGUUUUGGUGGAUUUCCUGCUGCCGACGGGGAUUUUCUUCACGCACAGCGUGCCUCGAGAUGCCACCAUCGGCAACAUCAAGCGGCUCGUGUGGGUCCAGGCCAAGUUGUACCCGCUCUUCUCGCUGCUCAACGAGCCCGAGGCCUACGUGUUCACGUGCAUCAACCAGGCGGCGGAGCAGGAGGAGCUGGAGGAGGAGAGCCGCCGCCUCUGCGACGUGCGGCCAUGCUUCCCCAUGCUACGCCUCGUGCUGCGGGAGGGCGACCGCGUCGAGCGGCUCCAGAACUCGCAGAUCUCCGUUCUCAUCGGCCGCGGUCUGCACGAGUUCGAUGCGCUCAAGAGCUCCGAGGUGAAUGACUUCCGCACGAACAUGCGACAGCUGAGCGAGAAGAAGGUGCUUGAGCGACAGGGCCAGAGCUGGCAGGAGUGGCUUCAGUACAGCCAGCCGCCCAUCCUGGAGCCCACCGACAGGCUGCCGGAGCUGUGCAGCAACCGUCUCCACCGACCCAACCUCAUCGUGUGCAUUUCCUUCGAGAAAAGCCAGGAGAGCUUCUCAGUGCAGGUGUCUGUGUCGGCACUGCCUCUGAAGCUGAAGACGGAAGCCUUGCGCAAGCGGCUGAGCGUUCAUCAGUCCCAGUACUCGAGCGAGGGGCACGAUGACUUUGUGCUGAAAGUGACUCGGGCCAACGAGUACAUCUAUGGGGAUUAUCCACUCAGCCAGUUCCAGUACAUCCGCAACUGUAUAUACGCCGAGACCAACCCAAGCCUCACCAUGGUGCACAGCUCCACAAUCGCCAAACUCUUCCAGGCCGAAACGCACAUGGAGGUCGUGAGCAGAGCUCGUUCAGCCUCCAAGCCACCCUCCCUGCCUGUGAAAAACAAGCAAGCGGGAGACCUGCUGUGGUCCAUCACGGCACCUUACCAGAUCACCCUGGUGAAGGCCAGCAAGGUGAACACUGACGAAGCCAUGAAGCUGGUGGUGAAGGCCGGCCUCUUCCACGGCUCGGAGCUGCUGAGCAAGACGGUGACGACCUCCGAAGUGCCGGCCAGCGCCGAUCUCGCGUGGAACGAGCGGCUCGAGUUCGACGUGCUGACGGGCGACCUGCCACGCACGGCGCGCCUCUGCUUCGUGCUCUACGCCGAGUUCGAGGGCAAGAGCGGCCGGCGCGGCAAGGCCACCAAACCCGACAAGACGAUGGGCAAGAGCAGCGUCGGCAAGCGUGCUCGUCGCUCGGACCUUCCCAUUGCCUGGGUGAAUGCGAUGGUAUUUGACUACAAAGACCAGCUCAGGGCCGGGGAGGCCGUGCUCCAUACAUGGUCAUCCUUUCCAGAUGACAUGGACGAGGAGAUGCUGAACCCCAUGGGCACUGUGCACACCAACCCCAACACGGACAGCGCCGCCGCUCUGCACAUUGCCUUCUCGGAGUACAGCAAAGGCCCCGUCUACUACCCACCGUUUGAGAAGAUUAUUGAGAAGGCCGCUGAAGUGGCCAAGUCAACUGAUAUGAAGAAUGGUGGAAGUGGGGGACGAGCUUCCAAGUCGCACAUGCAGCAGCUACGCGAGAUCUCGGAGCGCGAGUCCAACUCGCCACUCUUUGAGCACGAAAAAGACUUGGUGUGGUUCCUGCGGCUCGACUGCCGCGAAGUGCCGCAGAUCCUGCCCAAGCUGCUGCUAUCCACCAAGUGGGGCAAACACGAGGACGUGACCCAGAUGCAAGCGCUUCUGCAGAUUUGGCCGAAGCUGUUGCCAGUCACUGCACUUGAGCUGCUGGACUCGAACCACGCCGACCGCUACGUACGAUCCUUCGCCAUCAAGUGCCUCCAGCACCUCAGCGAUGACGAACUCUCUCAGUACCUACUGCAGCUUGUCCAGGUUCUCAAAUACGAGCCGUACCUGGACAGCGACCUGGCUAAAUUCCUGCUGGAACGUGCGCUCGCGAACAGAUGCAUCGGACACUUUCUUUUCUGGCAUCUUAGGUCAGAGAUGCACGUUCCGGCCGUGUCGCUGCAGUUCGGCCUCAUGCUGGAAGCAUACUGCCGCGGAAGCAUCGCACACGUGCGCUCGCUGAUGAAGCAGUGCGAGGCGCUCACCAAGAUGAGGGCCAUCAAUGACCUGGUCAAGAGCAGUUCCAUGAAGUCGAACAACAAGGCGAAGGUGAUCGACGCGAUGCACGCCUCCCUGCGGCAGACGUCCUACACGGAGGCGCUCACGGGACUGCAGUCUCCGCUCAAGCCCUGCGUCAUCCUCAGCCAGCUCAAUGUGGAGAAGUGCAAGUUCAUGAACUCGAAAAUGAAACCUCUGUGGAUGGUUUACUCGGACGAAGAAGGGCUUGAGCCCACAGGCGCCAUCUUCAAAAAUGGAGACGACCUACGGCAGGACAUGCUGACUUUGCAGAUGCUGAAGCUGAUGGACAACAUGUGGAAACAGCAGGGCCUUGACCUCAGGAUUGUCCCUUACGGGUGCCUGUCAACGGGCGACAAGACGGGCCUCAUUGAGAUGGUGCGACGCGCCGAAACCAUCGCCAACAUCCAGCUGGACAAGAGCAACAUCGCGGCCACCGCCGCCUUCAACAAGGACGCACUGCUCAAUUGGCUCAAAGCCAAGAACCCCGGGGAUGCUCUGGAGAGGGCUAUAGAGGAGUUCACCCUCUCUUGUGCCGGCUACUGCGUGGCAACAUACGUGCUGGGCAUAGGAGACCGGCACAGCGACAACAUCAUGAUUAGGGAAACGGGGCAGCUCUUCCACAUCGACUUUGGCCACUUCCUGGGAAACUUCAAGAGCAAGUUCGGCAUCAAGCGCGAGCGGGUGCCGUUCAUCCUCACGUACGACUUCGUGCACGUCAUCCAGGAGGGGAAGACCACCAACAGUGAAAAGUUCGACCGGUUCCGCAGGUACUGUGAGCGGGCCUACCUGAUCCUAAGGAAGAACGGCCACCUCUUCCUGAACCUCUUCUCCCUCAUGCUGGCAGCUGGCCUCCCAGAGCUCACGUCGCCUAAAGAUAUCCAGUACCUGAAGGAGACGCUCGCUCUGGAGAAACGAGAGGACGAUGCACUGAAACAUUUCUGCCAAAAGUUCAACGAGGCUUUACGUGAGAGUUGGAAGACCAAGGUGAUGUGGAUGGCUCACAAUGUAGCAAAGGACAAUCGCUGAGACGCGCUGCUGAUGUCGGCGCUUGCGAGGCACACGAAGACGGCGGGAUGGCACGAAGUAUCGGAGAGAUGAAACCGUCAACAUUUCGAACUUCUUGGAAACACUCAUCCAACCGUCGACCCAGUGUUGUAUGUUUCUACAGUCAAAAUGAGUUCAGAAUUUCAAACAAAGAGCCUGACAAGCAUUUUUUUGUGAAUGCAAUAUAUUUUCUAAGUUAUUUUUAAACUUUGUAUUGUUAUUAUUAACUUUGUGGAAAUUUCAAGUCGUGCUGGGGUUUUUUUUUAUUGUGCGGGGGGGAGGGCUUUUCUUAGUGUUUUUUUAAUGUAAGUCAAAUAACGGAAGACGAAUAAGAAUCGGAAAAAUUAGAAUUUACUUUUGGAAUGGCCGUUCAGCAACUUAAACGACAAUGGAAGAAGGAUCGCAAACACAACAGAGUGGUAAUUGUUUAAUUGCACAGCGAGACUGUUGGGACAAGACGCAUUUCACACUGCAGUUAAUGCCAGGGUGCGACACUUUCUGGCUCUUGCUGUCCUGAGUUGUGGCGAGGAUAGAAAAGCCACAAAUGACCACCCAUAUGAACGGCAUCAAGGUAUGAGCUUUUUUUUUCCAUUAACUACGGAAACUCGUGAGCCCGGGUCUGACAACACACCGAUACGAUGGGCCAAUUCACAUGUUCGGUUGUUUCCGUCUCGAUUUAAAGCUGUAGAUAAGCUUUUUGUCGUGUUUUCAUUUACGUUUCGUUGUUUCGGUGAAGCAGGAUUGAGAAGCGCGCGCGUGUGUACGUGCUUUUCUUUUUACAUGCUUCUAUUAGGAAGUUGCUGGGCACAAGUAUCUUAAAAUUGCUGUUUAUUUGUGGCUUGCGUGCCCAAUGAAUGACAAUUCACGCUAACCAUGACAGUACUACUGAAAGGUUACGUUACUUGACAGUGAAAGGAAGGAGGAAGCACAUUUGGCUUUGGCUCUUGCUUAACUAACAUGAUCAAGUUUGCAUAUGUUUGUUGAACUUUUCUCAAUGGAGCAUGCUCCUCUUUUUGUAAUUUUGUCUGCAUGGAAGACUUGAUCUUACGAAUUGUUAAGGGUAAUUUAAUUUUUGUUGAACAAAGUAUCAUGGCUACCAAAGACAGGGCAUCUUUUGAAAUUACAAAAAAAAAUCUUACUUUUAAAUGAUGUCUGUCAUACAUUUUUAGCGCCGAUAUCGGCAUUGUCCAGAUAUAGGGUUCCUUAAUUAGUGAUGCAUUUCCACAAAAGUUAAACACCCAGAUCGCCACAUUUCAUUUGAAGCAGAUUAAAAACAUCCUUGCCCAUGUGGCAUAAUCAGAUCACUCAACAAAAAAACUAAAUCGCCGGUUUUAAUGGUAAAUUCAACUUCGGGUGAGUUGCCAUGAAAAAAAAACAACACGAGUGCCUUCUCAAUUGCACUUUAUUCUCAGUUUUAAAAUCGAACCCAGCUGCACAGGUUUUGGGAUUUUAAUAAUCUCGGUUUUCUAUAGCGCAACUUGCACCAGGACUCAAAACGCAUCACUUACAGCUUAAGUUACGGAGAGAGAGCCCGCUGGAAAAAACAGUUUUUAAUACGCGAUUUAAAAAGUUUGAACAAACUCGUAUUCCCCAAUGGACCGAGGAAGGGAAUUCCUCAAUUGCCGAGCCUGGCUGCAAAAAAAAGCCUCCGUCUCUCAUACAAUGAAGACUGGUCUUUGGAAUAAUGAGUAAGUGAACCACAAUCGAAAGAUUUCAAUUUUCGCAGUGGAAUGUAAAAAAUUACCAGAUCGGUGAGAUAUUUAGGAGCCAACUCAUCCAGAGCCUUAAACGCGAGAAUAAAAUCUUGAAGUCGAUACUUUACAUGGAGCCCAGUUCAAGGAGGAAAGAAUAGGAGUGAUAUGGUCACACGAUUUCAGUCUGGUUAAAACCCAAGCAGCUGAGUUUUUAAUAUAUUGGUAGUCAAUUUAGAAGACUUUUAGAAACGCCAGCAAGCAAGGUAUUACAGUAAUCUAACCUUGAUUAUAUGAAUGCACGCAACAGCCUCUCAGCAUCAGGAAGGGACAGUGUAGGUCUAAGUCAAGCCAAGUUUUUGGAACUGCUGUGGUGUCAUAGUCAACGCUUCCACGUUGGCCCAGCUGGGUUGCAACGAUGCCGUAGGUGUUGUUAAAUGUUGACAGCUUUGCAUAAACAACGAGCUACGCAGUUCCAAUGGAGCACAUGUACAUUAUUCAGUAGCAUGCAGUGUCUAGCUGUUGGACAAAAGGCAUGCAUAUGCAGUAAUAUAAAAUUAUGUUUGUAUCAUCAGCAGCAGCAAUACCAUAAUCAUCGUCAUUCUACACACAACGGCACGAUUACGUACAAUCCUGUUCAUCUGCGUUAUUUUCCCAGAAGCAUGCUCCAGUUUCAUCGCUUUAUCUCGUAUUCACUUGUCCUCGCGGCUUGCACUCCAGACCCUGGUUUGGAUAUUUAUGCAGAUUACGGCACACGUUUAAACGUUGUCAAUGGUUUUUUUCUGUUGUGGGGGUGCAGUCCUGGCGUGCAUGUUGAUUUAAAAAGAUCUAUUUUAAAUUAAUUGUGCGUAACAGAGACAAUGCGUCUCUUGGAUGUAUUCAGAAUGUAGUCCAAGCCAUUGUUUUUUCUACAUUUCGUGUCCUCUCCGUAAUUAUUUAGCAUCAUCAGCUCCAGUUAUCUCACCAAGACCCGUGCUUUGUACAUAUUAUGGCCUUAAUGACUGCUUUACUUGGGGGGGGGGGGGGGGGGGUGGUGCACAUCUCGUGAGGAGCUUGUGCUUUAUAAGACUAUCGUUACGGGUGAGAUGUCGUGUUGUGCUGGCCGUGAGGGACACAGAAAGAGGUGGAGGGGGUGGGGUGGACAUGCCACACCCGGUGGGCGGUCAUUCUGUGCAAUACGCGUUGGAAUUGAUUGCACACGAUGUGGGAAUGUUUUUUUUAUUACGUUGAAGACUGUCUCAUCACUGAAUAUUAACGUGGGGGUUUUUGCCAAGGGAGCCCGGGGUGGGGGGGGGUUACACAAACGGAUUGUCAGCAGCACAUUAGGAACAUUCAGCGGCACGAAAGGGGGUGUUUUAUUUACGUCCUGUGGUAUAUUUACGUGCUUGUAAGUGACGAUGGCGGAACGAUCGAAAAGCCUUUAUUACAGUUUUGAGAUGCAAACAUUUUUCUUACAUUCCAAUAUAGGGCAUUUGAUUUACAUUUUCUUGGUAUCUUUUUCGAUGCUUUAAGCCGCAAAUGGUGUAUAUGCGUUUGCAUUCUUUUUUUUGUACAUAUCUCACAUGCAUACACGCAUAGACACGGGGAUAUACAUUUGAUGCAGAGUUACAAUGACCAAUUUUGUAAUCGUUUUUUCUGCGCUUCCUUACUUUGUCACGAAAUCGCUAUUAAUUUAAAGUUUACCUUGAAAUGUCAUGCAUUCUCAGAAGGUGCUUUCACAAUGUUUGACCCCCCCUUGUAUCGCGCACUCACUGCCGUUCUUUCAACCGGCUUUUUUGCAACAACAAAAAAACUGUGCUGUGUUUGUUGCCAUCGGCAAGGUGGAGAACAGUGGGAUGAAAAUGUUCUUAUGCAAUAUACUGAAACUUCGAUGAAGACAUAGCAUGCUGGGUACUAACUUAUAAAUGUAAAAUCAUGUAUGAAUAUAGUUUAAAAUGUUUUGCUCUGUAUAUAAUGUACCAGAAAUAGUAUUAAAUGUGCGAGUGCAUAUUCAGGCCCACUGCUGUCUCCCUUGCGAGUGGUACGUAUAUGUAGCUUGUUUACAUUGCUUCACUUCUGCUUUUGUGCUAAAACGCCGUUGCUUUUAAUGCAUGUUUGCAGGUGUUGUGUGUUGUUUAAGCAUGUUGGGGAGUGGUGGCGCAGUGGUUAGCGCGCUGCGCUCCGAGCCCGGAGGACCCGAGUUUGAUUCCCGCUCACGGCCAACACCUGUGACGAUUAUCUAAAACCGGUCCUGGGCAUCCCCUAGGUUGACUCAGCCUCAAAUUAAUUCCUGGUGAAGUGUGCAAACAUGGCCACUUGGGAGAUGAAAGUGGCCGGGUGUGUGGUGCCGGCCAACCACUCCCUCGUAUACCGUGCCGGCCUCAGACUUCAUAGCUGAUCGUUACCAGCACUAGCCCCAAAAGUCUAUUAACGCUAUACGGGAGAUCUUUGUUAUUGUUGCGUAUGGCAUGAAAACCUAAAGCGUAUAACUUUUUAAACAUUGUGUAACUUUUGAAGAGGAUAUACAGUUAAAAUAUACCCCAAUUGGAAUUAAGUGUGCAAUUUUCUGGGAUGUGUAUGGUGCUCUUUGGCCAUUUGGCUCUAAAGACUACUGAUAUAAGAGAGCGAUGCUGUGGGAAUUGGAUGACAUUUCAGAAGUUUAUUUACCUAUUUGUUACAUGGCCUAAAUUUGGUAGCUUUAAUGUGAAUGCAUUGUUUUGCAUUAUUCCGGCUAAAUAUAUUGUCAUGCAAAUGCAAUGAGGAAAAGACCUUAAGAUUGAAAUGUAAAAUAAAGUAGUAAAAUGUGGCUGUAGUUGACAGAAUAACACUGUAAGCUCUCGUUUCCAAGAUGUUUUAAAUUCAGUUUUGGCACAAAUUUUGCUUGAAUUGUGGGGAAGAUUUUUUUCAGUUUUUUUUUAUCAAUAUCCACACUAUGGAACAUACAGAAAUGUGCGGUGUGUGGUUAAACAUUUCUAGAUUUCAUGUGGUACAGCAGCAGUGCAGUGGUUAGCCACUUCGCUUUUAACCCUGUGAACAGAGUUUGAUUCCCGGCUAACAUCAGUGGCAAGUGACUUCUGAACCAGUCUUAACCCCUGACCCCCUUUCGACCCCCCCCCACCACCCUGCCUUACGAACGUGCACUGACCAGUGUGGUGAAACCAGGUCAACUAUGCCCCAUGACCAACACUGUUCUGGGUGUCAUUUAUUUAGCAGUGGAUUGACAGGAGGGAUGGAAAUUAGGACUUAAUUAUUAUCAAUGACAUGCACAGGCUGUAAAUGUUGUAUGGUGGUGUUCUUUUUCAAUUACGCGUCCUUUCAAAAGUCUGUGCGUGGGAUAAAUGGAUCAUUCCAUAAAACAGUUUUUUUUUGGGUUAGAUCGCGUAAAUAUAAAUGUGGAUAAUACCGUUUCGUAUUGGAAGCCCCCCCCCCCCCCCCCCCCCCAUGUUAACCCACUGAAUUCCUAUCGUAAGAAAAAAAAUGAAACCGUAGCAUUUCACGUCCAGUUAAUGUUUUCAAAAACAUGUGAAUUACAUGUUAGCUUGAUACAUUUAUUUCAUUGAUCAGGGGAUGAUUUCGGCCAUCGGGAUGGUAGGUAAACAGGGAAGCCACUUAAAAAGUUUGGCUUGAAGUGAUCCGUUCUUUCACCUUUUUAGUUUCGACAGCGCGUGACACUCGAAAAUGCCGGGCCACUAAACCCAUUGUGCUGCCAACGUGAAAAAUAAUAAAUUUAGCUCCACACCGAGACCAAAAAUUGGCAACCAUUUAGAUUUCAGUACUCCAUUGUGGCACCUAAAGGCAUCUUGACUGCUCCUAGGCUGUGGAACUAAAGGUUAGCCUUGUACCAAUUCAAUUGGUUCCCCGCUCAGUGAUUCAAUUAAUUUUCAUGAUGCAAGUGUACGAUUGGAUUUAAGAUUUGAGUUUUUUUUUUAAUCUGCCAUUGUCCUCAGCGUGGAGUCCUCUUAAUGGGAGUAUGCAGGGGUCAGCGAACCAUUCGCAUCCAAGCUCUCCGAUGUGUAUUCGGGUUGUAUUGCAUGUUCAGCACGAGUGUCUUGUGAAAGCUCUCCGUCACGGGGGGGGGGGGGGGGGGGACGUCGGACAUCGUGCCGAACAACACCCACGAAGGUGCAACCCAAAGAAAAACAAGUUGGAGAGCAACGCAGCGCAGUCGCGAAAAUCUACGCAGCGGUCUCGGAAAAUAUACGUACGGAACAACAAUAACGGAUUCUGACGCGACGGGAUACACGCGUUGCGAACGCAAGGAUUGAUUUUAAUUGAUGUAUACUCAAAGUAAUCCCGAUGAGCACAAGACUGAUCUGGCUGUCAAGAGGCUCGUAAUAAUUUAGCAUGCUUAGUGAGUAGAAUGAAUUACCCACGAGUCGUACUUGAGUGCAAAAGCUGCGAAAGUGGAGAGUGACGUCGAGUCGAACGGAACUUGACGACGAUGACAGUAAUUUCUUCCAGUCUCAAACGGCUGUCAUUUUUGCACUGGGGCCUCAAGUUGCCCAGACGAAGACGCCCUGAAAAUACCAAAAUCAACCGGGGAGCGUGCGACGAAAUGCGCGUCAGUGAAAAUACGUUUCAGUUGCAAAGAAAGGAUAUGAAUGUAUAUGAGCUUUGUUGUUGUUCUGUCUGUUGAAUCAAUAUAAGGCCUGCAGACAAAUGUGAAAUUCGAUGUGCUAACUCUGUAACAUAUCUUACACGCAUUGCACGUGGCUCGUGCCCGUGUGCAGAACCUGCCAUGGAAUAUUUGCCUUUGUAUUGAAAAUUGUUUGUAUAUGAAUGUUGCUUUGCUUUUUUUAAAAUAAGUUAAAUUCUAGUAUACCCAGUACAUUGCAGGUGUUUGGAAAUAAUAAAAAAAACAUGGCAUUCACGUGUAAAUAGCAAAUGUGCAGCUACAGUACAAUAAAAAUAUACAAACAAAA